AUGGGUUUUACAGAACGAUUUCCUCGAUGGAUUACAGCAGUUAUAGGCAUUGUUCAAUUGGUGUUAACCGCUGGUAUUCUUGGUUUAGAAAUAGUUUCUAAUUAUAUUGAUCUUGGCCAUGGUACAAUAUGGGUCGGAAUUUGGGCUAGUAUUAUUUUUAUCAUAACAUUUCUUCAAAUGUUUUUUAUCACUUGUUGUUGUCGAGGACGUUGUAAUUCCUUUUAUGUCUUCAUUAUGACCAUCGUUAGUGGUUUAUUAGCUAUUGUGGUCAUUUAUUUUGAUCAACUUUUUAUGAAUGAACCAUGUAAAUGUUAUUUAGGUGAUACAUUAUGUUGUAUAAUGCGUGGUGUUCCAACAUUCAGCAGUAACUUUACAGGUGUUCUUCAAGAUUGUACUAAUGCUCUUACAUUAGGUACAAUCUCAUCAAAAACAUGUCCGUCUAUACCUUAUGAUAAAGUAUCAUAUAUCAAAGCACAAUUAGCUUGUGCUGUUGCUAUGGUAGUUACUUGUGUAGUUUAUAUUGUUGUUUUUCUAUUUGCUUGUUUCGGUGUUUGCUUUGGUCAUUAA